GUAUUUGGUAUUGCUUCUUUUAGUGGAUGCUGGUAUGUUCACAGUAUAACCAAGGGGACAUUUAUUCUAUAGUGUUACUUUUAUCUUAAAUUGUGUAACUAUAUCAUAUUUCAACGAUAAUAGAUAUAACAAGUAAAUCGCUUCCGUAAAUUUUUUCAAUUUUCAUAAAAAAAUAAAAUUGAUUUAUCGGUGAAAAAAGAUUAUAUAUUUUUUUAUUAAAUUUUUUUUUUAAAUUCAUUUUUUUUCGUGAUCAAGUGAAUUAUGUGAAAUUGAAAAAAGUGUUAAAUGAUUUUUUUUUUUUUUUAAAUUACUUGUGAAUUAAGUGGAAAAAAAAAAAAAAUAGUGAAUGAAUUUUUUUUUCGAAUGAUUAAUAACAAAAAAUUAUAUUAUUUUUAUAAUUAUUUAUGAAAAAUAAAAAUUAUGAGAGAAAAAUUAAUAGUACAACAAGAUUUUGAAUAAAAUGCGAUGACAGCAGUGGCCGGCAAAUCGCAACCAGAGUGAUUACGAUGGCCGGCAUAAAUUUAUAAAAAUAUUGUCGAACGACAUAACAUGAGUAACAACAAAGUAACAACAUUUAACAUUGUCAUCGCCACAUUGGCAACGUUCACCUGCUAUUUCUGCUGUAUUUGUACGGCGGAGGAGCAGAUUAAGAAUGCUUCCGAUAAAUGUGUUUUUCCACUUGGAAUGGAAGAAGGAAAAAUACCAGAUGAUGCCAUAUCAGCAUCAUCAAGUUAUGAGACAAAAUCUGUUGGUCCUCAAAAUGCAAGAAUACGCCAAGAAAAAAAUGGUGGUGCUUGGUGUCCAAAAGCACAAAUUAGCAGUGAUAUACGUGAAUAUUUGGAAAUUGAUUUGACAAAAGAUCAUUUAAUAACAUGGACAGAAACACAAGGAAGAUUUGGUAAUGGUCAAGGACAAGAAUAUGCUGAAUCAUUUUUUUUAGAAUAUUGGAGAAAUUCAAAAUGGCAUCAGUAUAAAACAAUAAGUGGUGAUAGAAUAUUAAGAGGAAAUAGUAAUACAUAUUUAGUUGAAAAACAAAAACUUGAAUUACCAUUUGUUGCUAGUAGAGUUAGAUUUGUACCAUACAGUCAACAUCCAAGGACAGUAUGUAUGAGAGUCGAAAUAUAUGGUUGCAGUUGGGAACAACGAAUAGUUAAGUACAAGGCACCAAAAGCAGCAGCUUUUGGUCCUGGUGGGGCAAAUGUGGAGGAUAUAUCUUAUGAUGGACGUUUUGAUAUUGAUGGUAGUUCAAUGAUUGAUGGUAUUGGUCAAUUAGUUGAUGGUAUACUUGGUGAUGAUCCACAUAGUUCAUCAAAUUUAGCACAUUGGGUUGGUUGGAGUAAUAUUAAUCCAAUAAUUAUUAUAUUUGAAUUUAUGGAUAUUAGAAUAUUUGAAAAUUGUACAAUAUAUGCUGCAAAUGCACCAGUAAGAGGUAUUGAAGUAUUUCAAAAUAUUAAACUAUCAUUUUCAAAAGAUGGUGAUGAAUAUGAUGUACCAUUAAAUAUUAAUAUUGAAGAAAAAUCACUUUAUUCACCGGGUAUUAUACCAAUUUCAAUAUCAUUGAAAUCUAGAAUAUCAAAAUUUAUUAAAAUUCAACUUGAACCAAGAUCAAAGUGGCUAUUACUUAGUGAAAUUACAUUUACCAGUUUUAGUCAAUUAUUAAAUUCAAGUCAAGAUGUACAAGAUCAAACAGUUGAUCAAUAUCUUUUGGAUAUAAAAAAUGAAACAACAAUAAUUGAUGGUUCACAAUUUCCAUUAAAUAUUGAUAAUAUAACUGAAACAAUAUCAACAACAACAGUAAUAACACCUGAUGCAUUUCCAGUUAAUCCAAGAUGGUCACAAACUUAUAUUGGUUUAAUAAGUGGUACAUUAACUGUAUUAGCAUUAUUACUAACAUGUGGUAUAUUUGUAAUGAAAUUACGUGGACGUAAUAAAGUUGCAUUAUUACAAAAACAUACAGCAUUAUUAUGUGGUACAUCAACACCAGGUAUAACAUUAAAUGUUAAAGAUAUAAAAUUACCAACACCAAUUGUUGUUAAUGGUACACAAUCAUCAAGAUUAACUGGUAGUAUUAAAUCAAUAAAAGGACGUUCAAAUUCAAUAACAAGUUAUGAUACAACAUUACGUGGUGAUAUUAUUGAUCCAUAUCAAACAACUGGACAACGUGAUAUUGUUAAUGAAUAUGAACAUUGUAGUGUUUAUGCUGAAAAAACAUAUAAAUUAUUAUUUCCUGAUGAAAGAUUUUCUGGUAAUAAAACUGAUUAUGCUGAUGUUAGUGAAUUUAAUAAUGAAACUAUUGCACUACAUCAAGAACAUGAUAAAACUUUAAUACUUGAUAUACCACAACCACCAACUCCAUAUGCUCAUAAAACAUCAAAGUAUGCCCAUGGGCAUUCAUCAAAAAAUCAAAAAGUUUAUGAAAGCUAUUAUGCUGCUACUGAUAUACUUACAAUAAAACGAAGAGAACAACAUACUGGAUCAAGUUUAUUUACAUCAUUUUAUAUUGAAGAUCAUAAUAAUGUUGAUCCAUUUGAUAUACCACAUAUAUCAAGACACAGACUUAGAAUAUUGGAUAAAAUUGGUGAAGGUAGUUUUGGUUUUGUUCAUUUAUGUGAAGCAAAAAAUAUCCAAAGUCCCGAUUCUGGAACAACAAAAAAUCGUCAAUUAGUUAUUGUUCGAUCACUUUGGCGUGGAGUUACAGAUUCAUUAAAAAAAGAUUUCAUGAAAGAUAUGUAUGUUUUGGCACAAAUACGUGAUCCAAAUAUUGCAAGAAUUAUUGCACUUGUUGAGGAAGAACCAUUUGGUGCUGUAUUUGAAUAUGGUGAUCUUGGUGAUCUUCCAGAUUUUAUUAGAAGUCAAGAAAGAGCUGGUCUUGAUAGUCCGCUUGGUUACAGUCGAUUAAUGAAAUUUAUUACUCACAUUGCCUCGGGUAUGAAAUACUUGGAAAGUCUGAAUAUUGCUCAUUGCGAUUUAUCAUCAAGAAAUUGUGUUGUUGGUAAAAAUUUAUCAAUAAAAGUAUCUGAUCAUGCAAUGUAUUGCAGUAAAUAUGACAGAGAAUAUUAUGUCAAUGAAUGUUAUUCGAAAAUUCCUCUUCGUUGGAUGGCCUGGGAAGCUGUUUUACUAGCUAAAAAAAGUUGUCAAGCAGAUGUAUGGUCAUAUGCAACAACUGUAUGGGAAAUAUUAACGUAUUGUGAAGACUUACCAUUUUCAGAAAUGACAUCUGAACAGGUAUUAGAAAAUUGUGGUAAAUAUUAUCAUUCUGGUGUGUCAGAUAAAGCUCGUGUAUUAUCACAACCAUCAAUAUGUACACGUGAUCUUUAUCGUAUGAUGACUAAAUGUUGGAACAAACACGCUGAUUCACGACCAAGUUUUGAAGAAAUAUACAUUUUUUUAAAACAUUUGAGCCUUGAAUAAUUAAUUAUAUAUAUCGUGUUUGUGAUAAGGACCAAAAUAAUAACGAAUACACAAUCAGCUAGUAUGCAUUAUUAUCCUCUUUUCAAUUAUAAUAAUAUAAUUAAAAUAUAAUAUAUAUAUAAAUAUAUAUUAACAGAGGAAUAAAAAUGCUCUGGCAAACUAACUUAUGCUCAACUAGGUUUAUCUUUAAAACUUCUAAGUAUAAUCAUAAUUCAAAAUGAUAUAUUAUUACAAUAUUAUAAUAUCUUUAUUAAUAAGAUUAAAUUAAGAAUUUUUUAUAAUUCAUAUCAACUGCAAUUAAUUUUUGUUUUUUUUUUAUUUUUUAUUAAUUUUUAUUUUCUUUUUUAAAUGCAAUAUUGUUAAAAAAUUUUUAAGAUAUAAAAAAAAAGAAUAUAUAUAAAAUAUAUUAUUUUCAAAUUAUACAGGAUGAGAAUAAUUUUUUUUUUUUUGUUAUUUUUUUGUUAAUUAAAAUUUUUAAGUGUAAAAUGAAAAAAAAAAAAUUCGUAUAAUUGUCGAUUAAAAUUUUAGAAUCAGUCAAUAUCAUUAGAUUUAAUAUAAAAAUAUAAAAAAAAAAAAAAAAUGAACUCAAAUGCAAAAAAUAUCAACGACGAAUUAGUAUUAAAAAAAAAAAAAAUUAUAUCAUUUAAUAUAUAGUUACGUAUUAUCAUAUUAUAAAAAAAAUUGAUAAAACAAGUCAUAUUUUAGAGCAACACAUGUAUGGAAUAGUUGAAUGAAAAAAUAAUUUAUAAUAAAAUUAAUACCAGUUAUAGAUAUUAUUUAAAAGAAAAAAAAAAAAAGAAAAAAUGUUUUUUGUUAAUAAUUAUGCGUAAACAAUCAUCAACUGUUAUCAAUUUUUAAAUAAAUUGCAAUCUCUAAAAAUGAUUGUGAUAAAAGAAUAAAUGUGAAUUAAUUAUUUCAAUAUUAAUUCUAGAUAAGAAUUUUUUUUCAACGUAAAAAUAAAAAGAAUAAAAUAAUAUCUUUAUCGUCAAUUUAGUUUUUACGGUAAUAAUGAUAAUUUACCAAAAUGACAAUUAAAAGACAAUCAAUAUUUUGGGCGAGUUAUAUCGAUUUAAAUAAAAAAAUAUCACUCAAUUAGCAUAUGGAAAAAAAAAAAAGAAAAAUUCUAUUCAAGUGAGGAUGUUUGUUAUGCAGUAUUUACUUUGUUACUACGAAAAUGAUGGAAAAAAAAAAAAGACAAACUGAUUAAUUUUUAGCUUGUAUAUAUAUAUGGAACCUUAACAGUAUUUGAAUUAAGUUUUCCAA